UGACUUUAGAUUCAGAUGGCAUUGAAGCAAAACUUUUUCAAAGUAAACUAAAAAUAUUCGAUUUAUUUUGAUUCAAAAUUGAAAAAAAAAAUAAACACACAAUUACAAUAUUUUCAAUUUUUCAUCUUCUUCCAUAUGAAUAUUUACAUUAAAAAACGGAAUUUUGCAUUUGAAUAGCUUUACUUGCCCUGCAUGAAAUAAUUUUAUCUAUCACCCAAAUAAAUUCUUAUAAUAUCUAACUACUUUAUAAAUUACUUCCUAUUGAUUCAAGAGAAAAAAUAUUGUGGAAAUUCAGUAUUCACAAAGCACAACUGUGGGUGACUGUGGCACAUCGACGGUACAACCACAGUGGUACAACCGUGAAGCAAAAUCGUACAAGCAGUCAAGGUUGACAAGCACAAGCACACAAGCAGUUUCCUCAAGUUUACGUCAUCCUGCAUCUUCAAAAUAGUCAAUACUGUAAUUAUUUUUAAAAUAUAUCCUUUUAAAAAUACUUGUUAUUUAUUUGAGUAAUAAAGAUAUGAGUGUAUAGACGACGUGAAAUAAAAUUUUUGUUGUGAAAAGACCAAUGGUUCUUUGUUGAAGAAUUUUAAGCGUGGCUAAUCAGGGUAGAAAAAGGAAAAUGAGUAGCUCUGAGGAGGUCUCGUGGAUUUCCUGGUUCUGCGGCCUGCGAGGAAAUGAGUUCUUUUGUGAGGUCGAUGAAGAUUACAUUCAAGACAAAUUUAAUUUGACUGGCCUCAAUGAACAAGUUCCACACUACCGACAGGCUCUGGAUAUGAUACUAGAUUUGGAGCCAGAUGACGAACUUGAAGACAAUCCCAAUCAGUCAGAUCUGAUCGAGCAAGCUGCUGAGAUGCUGUACGGCUUGAUACACGCUCGCUACAUAUUGACGAAUAGGGGAAUUGCUCAGAUGAUUGAGAAAUACCAAACAGGAGAUUUCGGCCACUGUCCACGCGUUUACUGUGACUCUCAGCCAAUGCUGCCCAUAGGUCUGUCGGACUUGCCGGGCGAGGCGAUGGUGAAGUCAUACUGCCCGAAGUGCAUGGACGUGUACACACCCAAGUCGUCGCGUCACCACCACACCGACGGCGCCUACUUUGGCACUGGCUUUCCCCACAUGCUCUUCAUGGUGCACCCCGAGUACCGGCCAAAACGUCCCAUCAAUCAGUUUGUUCCUAGAUUGUAUGGAUUCAAAAUACAUCAUUUGGCAAGUGAGAUACAGCAGAAAGAAGGAGGAAAGUAUUACUUUCUUGAGAAAAAAAAGAAUUGAAUUUCUCGAGAAAGCAAAGAAUUGAAGUCCUCAAGAAAACAAGGAGUGGAAUUAUUCAAGAAAGCAAUGAAUCAAAGUUUUCUCACGAAUCCAGUGAUCAUGUCAUUAAAGAAGAUAUAUCAAUCGUUUUCGAGUAUGUGACAAGUUUUAAUUGAAGUUUGUUUGUUUCUAGACUGUAUGGCUUCAAGAUUCACCCCUUGGCUUAUCAGAUUCAACAGCAAGCAGCGGCUAGCUUCAAGUCUCCUAUUCGGGUGAUGAAUACGUUCAAUAACGGAAAGCGUUGAUUGCAUCACCUUCUAUCUGUGCAGAGCACAACCACCUAGCAAACAACAUUAUUAUUAUUUGAUUAUCCAAUAUCUCCUCAACUCUCCCAAUAUGUGUCAUUUUCAUACUGUAUUUCUAAAUUAGUAUUCAGUUGAAUCUGUACAUUUAAAUGGGACAUUGGUUGUUGAAAAUUCGUGAAAUAUUAGAGUUCUUGACAUAAACCAUAUUUUGGAAUAAUUAUAUGCAACCUAUACUAUAUUAUCAGUGGCUAAAAAUGAAAAUUUAGUUAGAUUUAAUGAGCUCCUAAGCCCAUUUCAUUUCUUUGAAGUUCCAUUAGAAAAUUGUAUUGUAUAAAGGCUAAAAAAAACUUUGAUAUUUUUCAAAGUUUUUCGAUUUGUAUACUAUUAAUUUAUCAAAAUGAAAAAGUUUUCUCGGGAAAACAUUUUUUUUUAUUACCUUCUUUUUGAGAUAUGAGCGCCUAAAUUUACAUUUUUGGGACAGAAUAUUUCAAAUUCAGUAAGAGAUAAAUCUAUGCGAUGUAGAGGAUAGAUUCGUUGAUUUAGUAAAAUAAAAAUUUUCUGAAACUAUCAAUUUUUGAAAGUUUUUCAAAUUACCAAAAAUAACUCGACUAAAAGCUAUUUUUGGUCAUUUUUAGUAAAUUGAAUAACUAUCUUAAAAAUUGAUAUUUUUAGAAAAUUUUUGUUUUACUAGAUCAACAAUACUAUGAAGAAUCUAAUCUCUAAAUCGCAUGGAUUUAUCUCUUACCGAAUUUGAAAUGUUCUGUCCCAAACAUUUAAACUUUAGGCGGUCAUAUCUCAAAAAGUAAUGAUCGGAAAAAAAUGUUUUCCUGAGAAAACUUUUUCAUUUUGAUAGCUUAAUGAUAUACAAAUCGAAAAACUUUGAAAAAUAUCACGAGUAGAAAGUUAUUUUUAGCCUUUGCACAGCCUUAACAUUUCAUACUUGUCUCUAAAGUAUCUAGUUUCUGUAGAUAAGAGUUCUACAGAAAAUUAUUAUAUAUUUUCCCCAAUUUAAAUUUCUCCAAUAAUUAAAAAAAUAUACUUGUUUCAGAAUUGUAACUGAAUGUAAAUAUGAGUGCUAAUAUGACAACCACGUUUUGUGAAGAGUAAAAAAUUUAAGAUUAUUCAUCCAGCAAAGAAGAAUUCUGCUGAAUUAAUCAAAACAUCCAUUAAUUAUUGUAAUUAAUCUAUGAUGAAAAAUGUUGUCAUUCACUGUAUCAAUAAAUUCAAACUGAAGAAGUUGAAA